AUGUUGCAGAGCAAGCAGGGCGCGAGCGGCAGGCUCGGUGGAGCCUCGCGCGUGAGCAAGGCGAAUGGAAGCGUUGGAGCAACCCCAAGUGGUAGCCGCUCCGUUGGCAGCCGUCCCAUUGGAAGCCGCCCCCCCGCUGCGGAGGCGGAGGACCCGAAGAAAAUAAACCUGAAGAUCACCGAGGAGGAAAUCAAGCUGCACCUAAAAAUAAUCGAGGCCCUGUACCCCAACAUGAAGCCCAAAGUGGAUCGGCUAAUCAACGGGACGUAUAACAUCUUCACGAGAUUCCUAAUUCAGUCGCAUAUAGACGACUACAACUCCUUCGUCAACGUGUAUAUAAAGAACAUGCCGGAGACCAUCCCCGUGUUGGAAUUCUCCCCCAAUCUGAACACGUACGCCACGCAGAACUUUAACAGAAAAUCAACGGACUCGAUCAAAUUUUACGUAAGUGAUAUAAAAAUAAAAAACCCCGUGUUGAAAAACGACAAGGGGGAAACAAGAAACGAUUAUCCCUAUUUGUGCAAACUAUCAGCGAGAACAUACGAAGGGGAAAUUACUUUAAAAAUUAACAAAAAAACAAAUGAUGAAAUAAUUAGCACCACGGUGAGUGCGGGGUACAUCCCUGUGAUGGUCUUGUCCAAUCUAUGCAAUUUGAGCAGCUUAAAUAAAAAGAUGCUACCCCAAAAAGGAGAAGACGAAAGCUUAUUAGGAGGAUUCUUCGUCGUUUCAGGACAUUUAAAAGUCAUUAGAUAUGUAAUUCACCCAAAGUAUAAUACCAUUCUCCUUAAUGAGGAGAAUAAGGUCCACAUGAAUUGCCUACUAAAUGAUAAUUCCGUGUAUGUAAAUUUUUUGUCUUGUCCCAAAUUUGAUUUCUUCACCUAUGGAGCUAGAUAUCAAAACUCAGUCAUGGCAGUCCCUCUGCAUGUCAUUCUGUUGCUUCUAAGUCCUAUCAAGAAAAAAAGCUACCUAUUUAAUAAAAUGAAAAUGGGGAUUAAGAACGAAAAUGCAGUCAAGUACAUAGAGCAAUACAUCCAAUCUAUCUUUAUAAAAAACGGACUGAACGAAAAAGAAGUGUUCGAAAAAUAUAACUUGAAAUAUUUGGGCAGCUCCUCCUACUUCCGGAAGGGCAUAUUUCGCUAUAGUAUCGUUUCGGAUGAGAAAAAAGGCAGGUCAAUUUUGAAGUAUGUAAUUCUACCCCACAUCCAGAGCUACUCAGAAAAAUUUGAAACCGUUUGUAUGAUGUUUAAGACGUUAAUUUAUAGCAAGUUUAAGCUGAUCGCUCGGAUUAAUAAGGACUCGCUCGAAAACCACGCAGUCACGACUUGCAGCCAUUUGCUGUCAAACUUGCUGAAGGAGCAGAUCGUAACGUGCCUCAGCCGCUUGGCCUUCAGAUAUUCCAGGAGCUUUUAUAAAUUCUACGAGAAAAAAUAUGACUCCUUUAAGGUGACUGUGAAGCAGAUUUACCUCCGCUACAAGGAGAUGGUCAUGGACGAGCUGGACGAGCAGCACUUGAACGCGGUGCCGCUGCAGGGCGACGACUCGGAUGUUGUGAAGUCAGCAGAUUCAGGCAACCAGCGCGCCAUGAGCCACAAAAGCGAGGCGGCGAAAAAGCUCAAGUCCAUCUUCAUCGGCGAGAAGGAGAAGCUCUUCAGCAGCGUGGAGAGCUACGUGCGGGAGCUGUACAACGACAACCACCUCUUCAUAGAAAUCGCAAAGUCCUUCACCUCGCUGAGCAUGCCCAUCAUAUUCUUUUUCAAGACGGGAAAUAUUGCCUCAGAAAAUAUAGGCUACCAGCAGAAAAGCGGGUGGGUCAUCGGAGCAGACGAAAUUAACAGUCUCCGAUUUAUUACAAACUUCCGAGCCAUCCACAGAGGAUGCUUUUUUCAAGACGUUAAAGUUUUAAGUCCAAGGAAAUUACUGGGGGAGUCAUGGGGGUUCAUAUGCCCCGUCCAUACGCCUGACGGGUCCCCCUGUGGAUUGUUAAAUCAUUUGUCCCAGUUUAGUUACGUCCACAAUUCGGCUAGCAACGAAUCACAUAAGCUGAAUAUCAAAUUGUAUUUAAAAAAAAUUGGAGUUAAUGUAAAUCUGGAUGAUACUAGUGGGAUCCCAACAAUUUAUGAGGACCAAACCAUCCCCAUCGUUGUGGACUCGGUUCCCAUAACGUAUAUAAGUGAGCAAGAUUUCAGCAGAGUUGUUUACAAAUUAAAAUACGCCAAGAAUCAUAACCUGUACAGUUUAAAAGCCUACUUUGAAAUUAAUGCCUAUUUGAAUGAACCCCUCCUGAUGAACUCCAUAAUAAUUAACACCUUCCCCGGGAGGUUGAUCAGGCCAUUAUUCAAUUUAAAAAUGAAAUGCAUAGAGUACAUCUCCCCGUCGUACCAACCUUACGUAGCUAUUGCCAUUAAUUACGAAGAUAUUAGGAAGAAUAACCUGGCUAGAAAGAUGCUAAGGAUGAAGGAGCGUUUAGUUGGUUCCAAAAAAGGGACGCAGAAAAAAAUGACCAUAAAGGAGCAAUAUUUGUUGCAUGCCAGGAGGAAGAAAUUGGCCUCCUCCGCAAAGGGGAGUGCUCUUCAGGGUAGCAGUGUUGUGGAGGGCAGACCCGGGGAGUCCGAGUCGGCGAUUAGCAGGAAGGUGCUGCAACUUUUGGAAGACGGUGAGAGCGACAAGGGGGAUCGGACAGAUGGACGGGAGGAGCGCGACGAUGGCCAGACAGACCGCACUGGUGGAGGGACGGACCGCUCCGGUGGCGAGGACGACUACGUGAGCAGCUCGAACUACGACUCGAGCGGGGACGACUCAUGUGGAGAGGGGAGCGAUGGAAGAAGCGUUGGCAGAAGUGACUUCCGAGGCGACGCUGCACAGCUCCAGCGAGGACCGCCCACCGCCUACACAGACAGCGACGAAAACGCAAACCUGGACAUCUACGAGCAAAUGCCGCAAAAGUUCGAGUACAUGGAGCUGAAGGAGACGUCCUUCCUCUCCUUCCUGGGAUCGCUAACCCCCUUCUCGGACCACAACCAAAGCCCGCGAAAUAUUUACCAGUGCCAGAUGUUGAAGCAGACGAUGGGUAUACAGAGCUUAAAUAUGAUGUACACUUUUACGAACAAAAUUUAUAGGAUGAUAACACCUCAAUUCCCGCUAGUCGUCACAAGAGAUUACGAGCUCUAUGGGGUAGAUAACUUCCCUAGUGGCACCAAUGCAGUCGUGGCCAUUUUGGCCUACACAGGAUACGACAUGGAAGACGCGCUGAUUAUAAACAAGUCCAGUGCUGAAAGAGGCAUUUUCAGGACCCAUAUUUACAAAACGGAAAUUAUUGACUUGGAGAAAAACCACGGCCGUGGGGAGUUUACUCUCGGCAAUAAUGUCAGGUACACGAACAGCAGUGUGGGGUCCAAUGCGAAUGGCGCGAAUGGCAACAACUCAGGGAAGAGUAACCUAAAAUUUCAGUACGAGCAUAUGGGCAAGAUGCUAAAUAAGGACGGCUUGCCGCGCGUGCAACAGAAGAUAGUCGAGCUGAAUCCGCUCUACUCCUAUAUAAAUAAAGCGAACGAACUGACUGUGUAUGAGAAGUUUAAGGGGCAUGGAGAAUACUACGUAGACUGUGUGACUAACUAUAAAAGCACAAGGAAUCAAAUUGCUAUCGUCCGAUUACGAACAACAAGACCGCCUCUUGUGGGAGAUAAAUUUGCAUCAAGACAUGGCCAAAAGGGAGUUGUUUCGAGGCUCUUUCCCCAUGAAGAUAUGCCCUUUUCGGAGAGUGGAAUUGUCCCAGAUGUGAUUUUCAACCCCCAUGGUAUCCCCUCGCGUAUGACCAUCGGUAUGCUUAUCGAGAGCAUUUGUGGGAAGGCGGCCUGCAUCUACGGCAAGAGAAUUGACGCCACUCCGUUUAGGAAGUACACGCAGCAGAGAAGCUUCGACAACGAGUGGAUUGACAACUGCGGUGUGAAGGGCUUCCUCGAGGGGAAAAAUAGAGGCAACAACGGGGGCAAAAAGGAAGGUGAAAAGAGUAGCAGCGCCCACGAUGUUAACCGAAGCCAUAAAAGAAAAAAGAAGAGUGACCCCCCCAAGGGGGAAACUCAAAAGAACGCAAAAGCGAACAUCACGUAUGACGAAAAAAUUGACUACUUCGCAAAGCUGCUGCUGAACAAGGGCUACGAUUAUUACGGAACGGAGCUACUCUACAGCGGCAUAUACGGGGUACCCCUCCAAGCGCACAUCUUCUUUGGCGUCAUUUACUACCAAAGGUUACGACAUAUGGCCUAUGACAAGGCGCAAGUCAGGCGAACAGGACCAAUCUGUAACCUAACCCAUCAGCCCUUGAAGGGAAAGAAAAAACACGGAGGAAUCAGAUUAGGAGAAAUGGAACGAGAUGGGUUAAUAUCCCACGGUUGUAGUUUUAUAAUUAAUGAGAGGUUUCUCUUGAACUCGGAUGGACAUGAGUGCUUCGUCUGUCCACAGUGCGGACUUAUCCUUUCCCCAAUUAUGCAGUUCACCUGUAGUGGUGAAAUGGUUAAGGGGAGAAGCAUUGGUGGGAAGAGUAAAAUGGCAGUUUGCAAGUCUUGUGGCGUUUCCUGUAAAAUUGUGUACGUGCCGUACGUUCUUCGCUACUUACUAAAUGAGCUAAUUUGCCUAAAUGUGACCAUCCGGCUGAAUAUCAAGUCGGUGGAGAGCAUGUUUGAUAUGAAGUAG